AUGGCGCAGAAUAUCAAGCUGAAUGGAGUUGAGAAAUUUGACCCUCAUGGUGACCCCGCACAGUUGAGACAAAUGUGGCGGCGAUGGUUGCGUGGGUUUGAGUAUUUUGCUGUUGGAAAGGGAGUCACAAAUCAAGGACAGAAGAAAGCCCUUCUACUGCAUUGUACCGGUCCUGACGUUCAGGAUAUUUUCUUUUCCCUGACGGAGGAGGAGGGAACAGACGAGUAUGAUAAAGCCGUGAAAACCUUGAACAAACAUUUCGAAGUAAAAAUCAACGUGCCGUACGAACGCUAUGGUUUUCGCAACAUGGAACAGGCGGCCGGGGAAACAGUUGAUCAGUACAUAGUGCGGCUCCGACAGAAGGCAUUAUUAUGCGAGUUUGACAAGUCAGACGAGGAGAUCAGGGACCAGGUGAUUGCACAAUGUAAGUCACAUAAAAUUCGUACCAAACUGUUAGAAAAGGGGCAAUCAUUAACACUUGACCGUUUGAGGAUGAUCGCAACAAAUGUAGAAUUGACUGAGAAACAGUCCAAGGAUAUGGAGGCGAAGAAACCAGACUAUGGUCCACAUGUAAAUGCUGUAAGGCGACACAAGGCCUCUGACUACGAGCAAAGGAGAAAGAAUGGUGAACAUGGAGACGCCAGCAAGGGUUAUAGAGGCGGCGCUGGGACAAGACAACAUGCCAACGGUGAUCAGUGUUUCCGUUGUGGACACAGAGGACAUUAUGCCCGUGAUCAGGAGUGUCCAGCCCGAAAUGCGGUGUGCAACAAAUGCGGAAAUCGCGGACAUUAUGGAGUUGCUUGCAAGACCCAGACGAGCAAAAACAGAAAAGACAAUUACGAGCAAAAGGAUGCCAAAUGGAGAAAUAACAAAGGACAAAAAUGGAAUGGAACCGGAGGAAAUAAACCAAGAGGAAAAGUUCACACAGUGCAAGAAGACACUGAAACUGGUAGUGACACUGAAUUUGCAUUCCAUGUAGGCAUGGUGGGAAGUAAUAAAGAGGAAAAGAUCAAAGUAAGUUUGGGGCAGGGCAUACCAGUAGAUGUUAUCAUUGACAGUGGAGCUUCAGUAAAUAUCAUUGACAAAAGUCUGUGGGAGGAAUUGAAAGGUAAAAGAAUUCAGUGUAAAUCUGAAAGAAGUAAUAAGAAGUUGUAUGCAUAUGGAUCAACAAAUCCAUUAAAGGUUCUUGGUAAAUUUGUAACCAAAAUUAAAGUUGAUGGUAUGAGUCAUGAAGACACUGAAGUAGAAGCAGAUUUUUAUGUCACAGAAAGUAAAGGGCCUGCACUUCUAGGUAAAGAUACAAGUGUUGAACUGGGUGUGCUUAAGAUUGGUGUAAACCUUGUGGCUGGAGAAGUGAUAGAUAGUUAUCCAGAAUGUUUUCAAGGGGUAGGAAAGUUGAAGGACCAUAAGCUGAAGUUGCACAUUGACAAAGAGGUUAGACCAGUGGCACAACACAUGUACCGGGUACCAUACACCUUAAGAGAGAAGGUCAGUGACAAACUAGAUGAAUUAGAGUCACUAAGUAUAAUAGAGAAAGUUAAUCACCCAACUUCGUGGGUAAGCCCAGUGAUUGUUGUACCCAAACCAAAUGGCGAUAUUCGACUGUGUGUUGAUAUGCGACAAGCCAAUAAGGCCAUAAUCAGAGAACGGCAUCCUAUUCCUACUGUUGAUGAGAUUUUGUACAAUAUGAAUGGUAGUGAAGUUUUCAGUAAGUUAGAUAUGAAGUAUGGGUAUCACCAGAUAGAAUUGGAAGAAGAUUCACGAGAAAUCACAACGUUUGUAACCCAUAAAGGCCUGUAUAGGUAUACACGAUUGAUGUUUGGCAUAAGUGCAGCACCAGAGAAGUACCAGCAAGUAAUAGCUCAGGUACUACAUGAUUGUGAAGGAGUUCAAAACAUAUCAGAUGAUAUUGUUGUUCAUGGAAAAAACCAAGCAGAGCACGAUGAAAGACUAGUGAAAGUCAUGCAGAGACUGAAGGAAAAGAACUUGACCUUAAAUAAGGAAAAGUGUCAGUUUGGUUUGACAAAGAUUACGUUCAUGGGUCAUGUGUUAUCCAAAAACGGAGUUGAGCCCACAGAGGGGAGAAUCAAAGCCAUGAAAGAGGCAAGACCCCCCAACAAUGCAGCCGAAAUUAAGAGUUUUCUGGGACUUGUGAAUUUCUCAGCACGAUACAUUCCAAAUUUGGCCACUGUGGCUGAACCAUUGCGUAGGCUGACUAGAAAAAAUGAGAAGUUCACAUGGGGCAAAGAACAACAAAACAGUUUUGAUGUGUUGAAGGAUUGCCUAACUAAGACUGAGACAUUAGGGUAUUACCGUCUUGAUGCUACACGUACACAACUUGUUACGGAUGCAAGUAAUGUUGGUUUAGGGGCUGUGUUACUUCAAGAAUAUGAAGGGGAAACUAGAGUCAUUAGUUAUGCCAGUAGGACAUUAAGUGAUGUGGAGACAAGGUACUCUACUACUGAGAAAGAAGCACUUGCCGUUGUGUGGGCAUGUGAGAAAUUUCAGAUAUAUCUAUAUGGAUUGAAUUUCGAAUUGAUCACAGAUCAUAAACCACUAGAAGUGUUGUAUGGGCCAAAGUCAAAACCAAAUGCCAGAAUUGAGAGAUGGGUGUUAAGAUUAAUGCCAUUCACAUAUACAAUUCGAUAUGCACCUGGGCCACAAAACAUUGCAGAUGUGUUGUCAAGGUUGGUAAAAAGCAAUGUAGCUGAUAAACCAAACACACUAGCAAAUAAAGCUGAGGAGUAUGUUAAGUUUGUUGCAGAACAGGCAACACCCAAAGCUUUAACUACACGUGAAGUGGAAGAAGCAUCAAAGGACGAUGCAGAAUUGAUCAAAGUUAGAAAGUGUCUAGCGAAAGGUGAUUUUGAUAAAUCCAGUGUUAAUUAUUUUCCAAUCAGGAAUGAGUUGAGUUCAAUCGGUUACCUGGUGUUGAGAGGAACAAGAUUAGUCAUACCUAAGACGUUACGUACAAAAUGUGUAGAAUUAGCACAUCGUGGUCAUUUGGGCAUAGUAGGCACAAAACAAAGGUUGAGAAGUAAAGUGUGGUGGCCAAACAUGGAUAAAGAUGUUUUGAGAUUAGUUCGAUCAUGUCAUGGAUGUCAACUAGUAAGUGCGAUGCCCAACCCAGAACCAUUGCAUCCAACGCAAAUGCCUACGGGUCCUUGGCAGGACUUGGCCAUUGACCUACUGGGACCUCUCCCAUCAAAACACUAUGUGUUUGUUGUGGUAGACUAUUACAGUAGAUUUUAUGAAGUAGAAAUUAUGAAAGAUACUACAACAGCUAAGAUUGUGAAUGCACUGGAGAAUAUGUUCUCUCGUUAUGGGCUACCAAGGUCAAUUACCUCGGACAACGGCCCACAGUUCAGGUCAGAAGUGUUCAAGGAAUACUUAAAUGAAAAUGGUAUUAACCAUAGAUUAGUGACACCUCUGCACCCUGCAGCAAAUGGUGAAGUUGAACGACAAAACAGAUCGCUGAUGAAGCGCAUUAGAAUAGCUCAUGCUCAGUCACAGGACUGGAAAAGGGAAAUCCGGUCAUACAUGUUUGCGUACAGAACAACUCCUCAUAGCACUACAGGUGUGUCCCCAGCUGAGUUAAUGUUUGGGCGAAAACUCAGAACAAAAUUGCCACAAAUAGAGGAGUUAGAGUACAGAAAUGAUGAGGAAGUUCAAGACAGAGAUGCUCUGAUGAAACACAAAAAUAAGUUGUAUGUAGAUAACAAAAGAAGAGCAGAAGAAAGUGAUCUGAAAAAGGGAGAUGCUGUACUGGUGAAGCAAAGUCAACAAAACAAAAUGAGUACACCAUUUCAUGCAGUGCCAUACACAUUAGUGGAGAAACAGGGUAACAGUUGCACUGUUGAAUCUCCAGAGGGAGUGAAAUACAAAAGAAAUAGCACUCAUGUAAAGAAAUACCAGCAAACAGAGUCUGACACUAGUCAGGAGAGUAUCGAAGAUCCAAUACAGAAUGAGGAUAUUAGUGGAGACAUUGUAGACCCACAAGUCUCCAUCUCAAGUCCAAUGUUAGGUUCACCAAGGGCAGUUCGUACAACGAGAAACUGUCUCCCUAAGCGUUUUGAUGAUUUUGUAAUGGAUGUUUAG